CAGGGCAAUGUCCUAACAAAUACUCUCUCUUUCUCGGGUGAUCUUGCUGCACUCUUCUCAUCUCGUCGAUUAAAAUGGAGGACAACGGAAAUAAUGCUGGCUUUUUUGAGAGUACUUAUAACAAACUGACUUAUCCUGAGGACAUUAGUGAAGAUGACCACUCUUUCAACUUGAACCAGGAGAGGCAACAAGUGUCCCUGUCCACAAUGGGGCCUGGAUCCUGUUUAAAUCGUUACAAAGUGCUUGCAGUGAGCCUGGCAGUGCUCGCUGCCUUUCUGCUGGCAGUUGAUAUUGGCCUGGGAGUCUAUUACUACAGACUUACUUAUGGGAACCAUUUAGUAACAGACAUCAGCACUGAGAUUGCCAAAUUGCAGGCUACUUACAACGCUGCACUCCAAAGCAAGACUGAAGCCAAACAGGAGGUGGCGAAAGAGAUCAAGUCACAGCAAAUUACCAAGUGGGAGCUUGAUCAUCUGAACAGAAGGAAAAAAGAUACCGAAAAACUAAUAGACAGAACUGAAACGGAAAUAGCGAUGUUGGAAUCCCACAUGCCAAUGCUCAAAGAGGGCUGCAGACAGUGUUUGCCAGGCUGGACUGUCAUUAAUUCCAUGUGUUACUUCUUCGCUUUAUCUGAGGAACUCUCACGGAGAUCGUGGAUGGAUGCCAGACAUUUCUGCAAGAGGCAAGGAAGCGACUUAUUGGUCAUCAACAGCAGAGAGGAACAUAUGGCCCUUGCUGAAAUUGUAAAAAUGUCUCGAGACCCCUCGAGAUCGCUUGCCCACAGUGGAUUCUGGAUUGGACUGAGAGAUGCAGAUGUGGAAGGAAGUUGGACAUGGUUGGAUGGGACAAGGGUGGAAGAGGGGUACUGGGAUAAUGGAGAGCCUAACAACCAAAACAAUGAAGACUGUGCUGCUAUGUAUCCCAGAGAAAACCCCUUUCAUUCAUGGAACGAUGCUCCAUGCCACUGGAACCUGAAAUGGAUUUGUGAGAGGACACCAAGACCUUUUAGCUCUAGCUUAAAUGUUUAAACAGAGAGUCAAGUCUGGCUUUAAGGCAUGGACGUGUCUUCUGAACUUUUUUUUUUCUUUAUUGUCAUGUCUUUUGCAAGAGACUACAAAAUGUCCAAGAAGAUUAAAAUAAGAAAAAUACAUCUGAGUUAUAAAGGCAUCUACAAAAUGUAUGCAAAUUCUGUAACUGUUACAAAUAAAACCUUUACCUUUACUAUGUA